GAGCCCUCGAAUAACGGAAACUAGCUUCUUUUCUGGAUACUUAAUAUUAUACUUUUAAAAACUGAAACUCUGGAUCCUCUCAAGAACUUUGUUACGCCCCUAAAGGGUGAAAAGGAUUAUUAUACUACCGCUUCAGCUUCUAAAAGAUUACGCUUUUCGCCUCACGCAAAGGGCGGAAUGGAAUCUGAGGCCCAAACUAAAAAGGCACAUGUAGAAAGUGAUGUAGAAGAUAAAAAUUUUUCUUAUCGAAUUGCUAAAAUAAAAAUGGGAGUGAAUGGCCUCAACACGAACGAUCCCGUCUACCACGAGGAAUUAAUUAGACUAAUGCUGCAAUCCCUGCAUAAAUUAGGCUUGAAGAAAAGCGCUAAAACGCUUCAAGCUGAAUCCGGAAUUUCUUUAGAAACUCCAAUUGUGCGGGACUUGCGCGCGCUAAUCAGAAAAGGCACGUGGGACAAAGUUGUUGAGCUGGCCGCUAAGAUCCACGUGGGCACUUCUGCUUCUUUGAGGGAAAUGAAAUUUUUAAUAUACGAACAGCAAUACUUAGAAAUUCUCGAAAGCAAAAAUCUUCUGCAUGCUUUGCAGUGUCUUCGGGAAAAUAUUUCGCCGUUGCAAGUCCACCAAUCACGCGUGAAGCUGCUGAGCAGUUUGCUGAUGUGCCAGAGUUUGGCGGAAAUUAGAGAAAAGGCCACGUGGGAGGGAGCUACCGGCGGUUCAAGGGCCGCACUGCUUAAAAAACUUCAAGUUUUUUUUCCGCCGGCGCACAUGAUCCAGGACGACCGGCUGGACACGCUCAUUCGUCAGGCUGUGGAUCACCAGGAAGAACAGUGCCUCUUCCACAAUUACGAGGACGCCUACGUGACUCUUUACGAGGACCAUGUGUGUCCCAGAAAAGAGUUUCCGCUGCAGUGCGUCUGUGUGUUAAAACAGCACAGCGACGAAGUCUGGUUCGUGAAGUUCUCCAAUGACGGCAGCCGCCUGGCUUCUGCCAGUAAAGACAAGACCGUGAUUCUCUGGGACGUGGCGACCAUGCAAGCAAGCCACGUUUUAAAAAAGCACUCGGACUCUCUUUGGUUUGUGGCGUGGAGCCCCGACGACGCGUACAUUCUUACUUGCAGCAACGACAAGAAUAUUCGCAUGUGGGACACUUCCGAUGCCACGUGCGUACUAACCGUCACUAAACAUGACGGAAGUGUCCAGGCCUGCGCUUGGCUGCCGGACGGGCAAGGCUUUGUGUCCGCCGGGCUUGAGCAGAAGACCUAUCUUUGGAGCAUCGAAGGAAAGCUCAUGAGGACUUGGUCGGGUGUUCGCAUCAAUGACAUGGCCGUUACCCACGAUGGGGAGUAUUUAGUGGCUAUUUGCUAUGAGAAGAAGAUCCGGAUAUACAAUCUUAAGGGGGACGGCGAGCGAUUUAUUCAAGAAAGCUUCUCUAUUAUGAGCAUUGCGUUAUCAGCCGAUAGCCGUUAUGCUCUGGUCAGCUUGCAAUCUCAGCAUAUACACUUAUGGGACCUGCACGAAGCCAAACUCGUUAAAAAGUUUUCUGGGCCUACUCAAGGGCGCUUCGUAAUUCGUUCUUGUUUUGGAGGCCAUAAUGAUUCUUUUGUCCUUAGCGGUAGUGAAGACUAUAAUGUGUAUAUUUGGCACCGACACAGCGGAUGUCUGCUUAAUAUUCUUAAAGGGCAUACCGGAACUGUGAACAGUGUCUCGUGGAAUCCUAAUAAUAAUGGCACUCUGGCGUCCGCCAGCGACGACGGGACUAUACUUAUUUGGGGGGCCAAACCUUUAGAUCAGCCCGCCGGAAAUAAUAGUUCCCAGCAAUGUUUGUUAGAAAAAUGUAUUGUGUAA